CACUCCAUCAUUUAACUUGAAAUUUCUUUCUAGUGCUUAUCUUCUAUUCUCCAUCAUGGAGAUUCAAAACUGCCUUGCCAAAGUCCAAGAACUGGCCACUGCCGACGCAUCCCCAAAUGCCUCCCCAGACACACACCGCAACCUGCUACAGGCCAUCCGGGCGCUGCAGCUCGCCGCCGAGACGCCUAAUGAGACGACCUCCAGAUUGGAUUUUCAGAUUGUGCAUAAUAUCGCCAUCCGAGUGGCCGUCGAGAAACGGUUCCUGCAUGAGAUCGUCGCCGAGGGGCCGGUCUCCGCGUCGAGACUGGCCGAGAAGACAGACAGCGACGAACUAUUCGUGGCUCGCAUUCUUCGCAUGCUCUGCGCCAUCGGGUUCUGCGAUGAGGUCGAGGGGGGAUACGCGCCUAACCAGGUCACUCGGUUCAAAACCCUGCCUGGUUCGAUUGCUGCAGAGAAACAUCACUUUGAUAUUGAUUUUCCAAUUGGCGGCCAACUGGUCAAGUACAUGCGCGGGUCGGGAAUCGACCAGUUUGGCGAAUCUGGUCCGACUAUAUUCAAAUACGCGCACGGCACACACUCGAUCUUCGGCCUCAUCGAACGCGACACAGAGCACAAGGAGGCGUUUGAUACGUACAUGACUGCCAGGCGGUUGGUCGAUGCGCCGCAGUGGUUCGACAUCUUUCCUGCAGAAGAGAAGCUGGCAAGCGUACCAAAAGAGGGACAGGAAGUGCUUCUUGUGGAUAUCGGCGGAGGAGCAGGCCAUGAACUGGCCAAAUUCCACGCUCGCUUCCCCCAUCUUUCUGGCCGGUUGAUUCUGCAGGAUCUGCCGCUGACUCUGGAUCGAUUCGGUCCGCUUCCUGGCAUUGAGAAGAUGGAACAUGAUUUCUUCCUUCCGCAGCCAAUAAAAGGGGCACGAGUCUAUUAUCUCCGAAGUGUUCUGCACGACUGGUCUGACAAGAAGAGCGAGGAGAUCCUCUCUCACAUAGUCAACGCAAUGACCCAGGAUUCCCUCCUCAUCAUCGACGAUUUCGUUCUACCGGAUUCCGGCGCUGAUCUGAGAGGCGUCGAGAUGGAUAUCCUCAUGUGGCUGCACACGGCGGGACUGGAACGCACAGCCUCGCAGUGGAGGGCUCUCUUGACUCGCGCCGGACUGGACGUUGUUCACAUCUGGGAUGCGAAGAGGGGGGUGGAGUCUGUUCUCGAGUGUCGGUUGAGAGCUAUAUAAGUCUAGGUAUCUAGUAGAUUGACAUGGUUAUAUCGAAAUAUCACUCUAUUUGUAGAGAGAGAAAAGACAUAUUUUUAUGCAAAGUAUGCAUAAACACACUAACCAUUCCUGGUUAGUCUAUUAGAUAUCUUCCAUUGAG